AUGACAGCCAAAUUCACAAGGCAUCUAACACCUAUUACAGAAGGCCUCAGCGACCUCACGCGCAGAAUAACCGCCAUAGAAGAGCACCUGGACCAAACUUCCAUGCGGUCACGGGAAAAUGAGACUGCAAUAGCGGCCCUACAAGAGCAAGUACGCCAGCUAGAAGAGGCCCAAGAAGACCUCAAUAACCGCUCCCGCCGUUCCCGAGACAGGGCCCUUAGAGCCCCCACCCCUAAUGCUGCCCAGCCCAGGGAUAUCAUAAUCAGAAUGCAUUACUUCCAUAUCAAGGAAGCACUUAUGCGAGCGGCCAGAGACACCCUGCUUCAAAUAGAGGGACACCAAGUCUUUUUCUAUCAAGACCUGGCCCCAAGCACCCUACGCAAAAGAAGGGAAUUAAGACCCCUCACCCAGGAACUCACCAGAAGACACAUCAGAUAUACCUGGGGACAUCCCUUCAAGUUGCAAGUCAGACAGAACAAUCGCAUACUUACCCUGCACAACAUCACAGAAGCCGCCGACUUCGCGGAACGUCUGGACCUACCCACAAUGGUUUUAACCGCAGAACUGAACGACAGGAGACCUAACGGGAGACCAUCGACCAGAGGCACAUCACCGCACGCGACCAGGGCCUUGGAUCCCAGCGGACCUCGUCCUCCAGCUGAACACUGA